AUGGCUGCUGCGAGUAUCAUUGACGGGAAGGCGGUCGCGCUGUCGAUCCGCGAGGAGAUCGCGAGACAGGUGGAGGAUUUCAAAGUGAGCCAGCAGGACAGCUCGUUCCAGCCGAAGCUCGCGAUCAUCCAGGUGGGCGAGCGGCCCGACUCUGCCACGUACGUGCGGAUGAAACGGAAGGCCGCCGCGGAGGCCGGGAUCGCCGUCGAUUUCAUUCAUCUUGCAGAGGAUGUGACCGAGGGUGCCGUGCUGCGUCGCGUCGCUGAAUUGAACGAGGACGCCGGGACGCACGGGAUCAUCGUGCAAUUGCCCCUGCCGGCUCACAUCAACGAGGACAGAGUCACCUCCACGGUCUCCGUGACGAAGGAUGUCGACGGGUUUGGGCCAGCGAACGUGGGGGAACUAGCCAAGAGACAUGGGACUCCACAGUUCUUGCCCUGUACGCCCAAGGGGAUCAUCGAGCUGUUGAAACGGUACGACGUUGCGCUGGAGGGCACCCGCAGCGUGGUCGUUGGACGGUCCGAUAUCGUCGGGAGCCCCGUCGCUGCGUUGCUGUCUGCACAGAACUCGACUGUGACGGUGGUCCACUCGCGCACGAAGGACCUCCACACGUACUUCAAGGACGCAGACGUCGUCGUCGUGGCCAUUGGGCAACCUGAAUUCAUCAAGGGUGAGUGGUUUGCGGAGAAUACACGCGGGUGCGUGAUCGUCGAUGUCGGCACGAACUACGUCGAGGACGCGACUCGUAAGUCCGGUGUCAGACUCGUCGGGGACGUCGAGUUCGAUGAGGCCGCAAAGCACGCAAGACUGAUCACACCGGUUCCUGGCGGUGUCGGGCCCAUGACCGUCGCUAUGCUGAUGCAGAACACGCUGUUGGCCGCAAAGAGACGCUACGAGGAGGUCAACGGCGUCCGCCCAGCUGGAGAACGUGUCUACGAACCGUUACCUCUGAACCUUGAGAAACCGGUCCCCUCGGACUUCGAGAUCUCAAGGGGACAACAGCCCAAGAACAUCACACAAGUCGCCGCGGAGUCCGGGAUCCUGCCCUCAGAGUUCGAACCCUACGGAUUCGUCAAGGGUAAAGUGGACUUGAAGAUCCUGGACAGGCUGCGCGACCGUGAGAACGGGAAGUACGUCCUCGUCACUGGGAUCACUCCGACCCCGCUCGGCGAGGGGAAGUCCACGACCACGGCGGGGCUCGCACAGGCCUUCGGGGCACACUUGAACAAGACCGUGUUCGCGAACGUCCGUCAACCGUCGAUGGGCCCCACGUUCGGGAUCAAGGGCGGUGCCGCCGGUGGUGGGUACGCGCAAGUGAUCCCGAUGGACGAGUUUAACUUGCAUAUCACGGGGGACAUCCAUGCGAUCUCAAUGGCGAACAAUUUGCUCGCUGCUGCGAUUGACACGCGGAUGUUCCACGAGUCCACGCAGAAGGACGCACCUUUGUACAAGAGGCUUGUACCCGCGAAGAAGGGCCAAAGACAGUUUACAAGGUCGAUGCUGCGGCGUCUCGAGAAGCUCGGGAUCGACAAGACGAACCCUGACGACCUGACGGAAACCGAGGUACACCGGUUCGCCCGGUUGAACAUCGACCCGGACUCUGUCACUUGGAGACGUGUUGUCGACUGUAACGACCGGUUCCUGAGGGGGAUCACCAUUGGGGAGGCCCCCACGGAGCGCGGGUUCACGAGACACACCGGGUUCGACAUCUCCGUUGCGUCCGAGUGCAUGGCUAUCCUUGCACUGUGCGAUUCCCUCGAGGAUAUGCGUGAGAGGUUGGGCAAGAUUGUCAUUGGGACCAACAAAGAGACUGGUGAAACAGUCACCUGCGAAGACAUAGGCUGUGCUGGUGCCAUGACUGCUAUCUUGAAGGACGCGGUGAAACCCAACAUCAUGCAGACUUUAGAGGGGACACCAGUGUUCGUUCACGCUGGACCCUUCGCUAACAUCUCCAUCGGUGCUUCCUCUGUGCUCGCUGACAAGAUCGCACUGAAGUUGGCAGGUGUACGUCCCCAAUGGACCCCCGAGGUUAAGGAGGACAAAGUCGGGUACGUGAUCACUGAGGCCGGUUUCGAUUUCACGAUGGGUGGUGAGCGGUUCAUCAACAUCAAGUGCCGUUCCUCUGGGCUGGUACCGGAUGUCGUUGUGAUUGUAGCGACCGUGCGUGCCCUAAAGGUGCACGGCGGCGGUGCCGAGGUGAAAGCUGGCGCCCCACUGCCAGAGGAGUACACUACUGAGAACGUCGAGAUGUUGCGUGCCGGGUGCGCCAACUUGGCGAAACACAUUGAGAACGCACGCAGUUACAACUUGCCCGUUGUCGUCGCUAUCAACCGGAUGUCUUCGGAUACGGACAAGGAACACGCUGUGAUCCGGGAGGAAUCCCUCAAGGCAGGCGCGGUGGACGCCGUCGUAUCGAACCACUGGGAGGAAGGCGGUGCCGGAGCUGUGGAUCUAGCCCGCGGGGUCAUCGACGCGAUCCACAACCACUCGAACGAUCAAUUCCAGUUUUUGUACUCUACACAGGACGGCAGUUCGAUCGAGGCGAAGAUAUCAAAGAUCGCUACGGAGAUGUACGGUGCCGGGUCCGUUGAGUUCUCACCUGAGGCGCAGCGCAAGAUCGCGCAGUACACGGCGCAGGGGUUCAGUGGGCUGCCGAUUUGCAUCGCGAAGACGCAGUACUCGCUGUCGCAUGACGCGGCGCUGAAGGGCGUGCCCCAUGGGUUCACGUUCCCGAUCCGCGACGUCCGCAUCGCGACGGGUGCAAACUACUUGUACGCUCUCGCCGCGGAGAUCCAGACGAUUCCGGGGCUCCCCACGCACUGUGGGUUCAUGAACAUCGAGGUCAAUGGCGACGGCGAGAUCGAGGGCAUGUUCUGA